UUUUCCUCACAGUGACAGACCUCUUUAAGAAUCUACCUUCUCCGCCACCUUAUCCCUCUCUUUGUCUUUCUAAUGUUCUCCUUCUGAAAGCUUGAAUUCUUGAACUUUUUGAAGGGGCUUGAGAGACAUGGAAGCUGUCCAUCAGACAAAAGGGCUCCUUUCUUUGCCUGCAAACCGUAGAACGAGAGUCUUAAAUCCACCACAGGGCUUGAGACAUCGUUUAAACACCAAGACCAAUAGAGCCUUUGGUGGAUUUUCUCUAUCCGUGAAUGGGUUCCCAAGAUAUAUUGGUUCUGUGUCAAAGAAUCAUGGGUUUAGCAAGAAUGGUAGAAAAUUGCAUAUUUGCAGAGCAGAGGCAGCUGGUGCGGCUGCAGCAGAUGGGCAGCCAUUACUGGGUGAAGUGGAGAAGCCCAAGUUCUUGGGAAUCGAGGUCGUGACCCUUAAGAAAAUUAUCCCUCUUGGGUUGAUGUUCUUUUGUAUUCUAUUCAACUAUACAAUACUCAGGGAUACAAAAGAUGUCUUGGUUGUGACGGCUAAAGGGAGCAGUGCAGAGAUUAUACCAUUUCUGAAGACUUGGGUGAAUUUGCCUAUGGCAAUAGGGUUCAUGCUCUUGUACACCAAGCUCGCUAAUGUAUUGUCUAAGCAGGCUCUGUUUUACACUGUCAUCGUUCCCUUCAUCGCCUUCUUCGGAGCAUUCGGGUUUGUUCUAUACCCACUUAGCAAUGUAUUCCACCCAACAGCCCUAGCGGAUAAGCUUGUGGCGGCGCUUGGCCCGAGGUUCGUCGGCCCUGUUGCAAUCUUGAGGAUUUGGAGUUUCUGUCUAUUCUAUGUCAUGGCUGAGCUAUGGGGAAGUGUUGUGAUUUCAGUUUUAUUUUGGGGUCUUGCCAACCAGAUUACCACUGUUGAUGAAGCCAAAAGAUUUUAUCCAUUGUUUGGUCUUGGAGCAAACGUUGCCCUUGUUUUUUCAGGUCGAACUGUGAAGUACUUUUCAAAUAUGAGAAAGAAUUUGGGUCCUGGAGUUGAUGGGUGGGCCAUUUCCGUGAAAGCAAUGAUGGGUAUUGUGGUUCUAAUGGGCCUUGCAAUCUGUUUUCUGUACUGGUGGGUGAAUACAUUUGUUCCUCAUCCAACACGCAGCAGUAAGAAGAAGGCAAAGCCAAAAAUGGGUACAAUGGAAAGCUUGAAAUUCUUGGUUUCCUCAAGAUACGUGAGGGACCUUGCCACCUUAGUGGUUGCUUAUGGUAUUAGCAUCAACAUUGUUGAGGUCACAUGGAAGUCGAAGCUCAAGGCUCAGUUUCCCAGCCCUAAUGAGUAUUCGUCGUUCAUGGGUGAUUUCUCAACUGCUACUGGGAUAGCAACGUUCACAAUGAUGUUAUUAAGUCAAUGGAUAUUCGACAAAUACGGGUGGGGAGUUGCAGCCACAAUCACUCCCACAGUAUUGCUACUCACAGGAGUUGGCUUCUUCUCUCUCAUUUUAUUCGGGGGUCCAAUGGCACCCAUUAUUGGGCAGCUUGGCAUGACUCCUCUACUUGCAGCCGUGUAUGUUGGUGCCUUGCAGAACAUUUUCAGUAAGAGUGCGAAGUAUAGUUUAUUUGAUCCUUGCAAAGAAAUGGCUUACAUUCCUUUGGAUGAAGAAACCAAGGUUAAAGGGAAGGCAGCCAUUGAUGUUGUCUGCAAUCCAUUGGGGAAGUCUGGAGGGGCUUUGAUCCAGCAAUUCAUGAUAUUGACAUUUGGGUCACUAGCAAAUUCGACUCCCUAUCUUGGAGGAGUAUUAUUGGUCAUUGUUUUCGCAUGGUUAGCAGCUGCAAGGUCUUUGGAUUCCCAGUUUACUGCAUUGCGUAGGGAGGAAGAAUUAGAGAAGGAAAUGGAGAAUAGAGCAGCUGUUAAGAUACCAGUGCUGUCUGAAAAGGAGACCAAUGCGUCUGUUGGGAGUGGGAAUGGGACUCUUGCAACUGAAUCUGCUUUGAAUCAGACAACAGGUGAUGCAUCCAGCAGUUCAUCUGGGAUCACCAAACCCCGCAAUAUCUAACAUAUUUAUGUUAUAUGGGGACAUAAAGGAUAACUAGUGAUGAUGAGAAAUGUUUGUAGUGGGAUAUAUUGGUAAGAGUAGUACGUUGUUCACCUAUGGGUGAAAUAAUCAAAAACCUUUGUCUGGUAAGCAACCGAUUAUUUUAUAUCUAUUUUUUAGAUAGAUAAUAAAAUGAAUAGUUGUUUAUUCUUGGAUUUA